UGGUGGCAGCGGUGGGAUCCGAAUACCCUGCUGUAUUAGAGGCAUAAUUUUGGGAAAGGAAUAGAGUCACUGAAAUCCCUUGAGCAAACAAUUUCUAAUUUGACAUCGGGUCGACUGGAUAGGGUAGAGAGUCAGGAUGGAGGACGAGUAUGUCCGGAUGACUGUGCCCGAACUGAAGGAAUUGGCAAAAGAGAGAGGCCUUCACGUGAAGAAAGGGCUAAAGAAGGAAGAGCUGAUUAAACUUUUGUGCACCAGCGAGUCAGAACCAGCGUCAGCUUCACGCUCAUCAAGUCCUGGGCCUGACUCAGGACCACCCUCCCGCUCGUCAAGCCCGGAGGCUGCCAGGAGAUCACUCUCCGAGAGGGAGCAACAGAGACUCCAUGAGAGAGAGAUGAAAAGGAUGGAGCUGGAGGAGAAAAGGCUGGAGCAGGAGGCCCAGCGUGAGAAGGAGCAGAUAGAAUUGAAAAGGCUGGAGCUGGAGGCCCAGCGCCAGCGCGAGAAGGAGCAGAUAGAAUUGAAAAGGAUGGAGCUGGAAGAGAGGAGGUUGGAAAGGGAAGCCCGGUUGGAGGCACAAAAGCUGGAAGCACAGCUCCAUUUGCAGACCAUUGGGGGAAACGCGAACCCUCCGCAAGCGUCCGGGGAACAGCCCAAACUGGACGUCUCCGCCUUUGCUCGCUACCGAGAGGGAGACGAUCCUGCGGUGUUCCUAAGCAACUUCGAAAGACAAGCCCAGCGGUGCAAGGUGCCGGAGGAAAAGAUCAUGAUGUACUUGUCUGCACUGGUAGAGGGUGACAUGGCGGUGGUCCUUAACAGCCUGCCCUCAGACGCAGCUGAUGACUAUAAUGCCUUUAAAGCUGCAGUGUCUAAAAGGUUCCAGUUAGGACCAGAGUAUUUUCGGAAAAAAUUCCGGAAUACGCGCCCACAACCCGGAAAGUCAUUGACUGAUUUUGGGGUCCUGUUGGAGGACACAUACAUUAAAUGGUUAGCCGAAGCCAAGGCUGACACUGCAGAAAAGUCACGCCAGCUCCUGGUGCUGGAACAAUUCUAUUAUUGCUGUCCAACAGAGGUUAAGACCCUGGUCAGGGACAGGGACCCCAAAAAUGUUCACGAGGCCGCAGAAAUUGCAGACCGACUGUUGCUAAACCGUGAGAAGCCUCCCUACUCUGGGAAGGAGCAAAAAGGGUUCCAAAGAGGGGGGAAGGGAGGCCCAGGUCAAAAAGGGGAAAGAGGGCCACCUCCUGCCGAGCGCAAGGCGGCCCCAGAUUCGAACAAACCACCCAAUUCGGAAAAGAGGGGGUGCUAUAACUGCGGGGAGCAGGGCCACAUCAAGCCCAACUGCCCAAAGCUAAGCACUAGACCCAGGCCCGUCAGGCGUGCAACAGCCGUGAGCAGCGAGGGGGAGGGCCGGAGCCCCUCUGAGGAGAGUGUCUGUUGCUACAGGAUCACAAACUCGGAGGAGGUGAUGGCCCCCCACCGGACCAUGAUCACAGUGAAGGGGAGGACCCUUGUGGGGGAACUGGACACGGGGGCCAGUGUGACACUGAUUAGUUCCAACCUGGUCUCACCUGCAGACAUAAUCCCAGGCAAGACCCUCACUAUUCACGGAGUGGGGUCCGCACCCCAGAAGGUACCGGUAUUCUGUGCCCCCAUCGUGUGGAACGACUGUGCAACGUACCUGGAAAUGGGGGUACUGGAAGGGGCUCCGGCCCCCAUCCUGGUGGGACGGGAUCUUAUAGAGCAGGAAGCCCAGCUCCGGAGGUGGGAACAGAUCCAAGAGCCAAAGCCCCGCACCGUUCAUGCGGUGACUCGCCUGCAGAGCAGGAAGGCUAAAGAAGGGGGGUUAGGAAAUCCCCGGGAGAAAGUCACACCAUUGGCCACAGGGGAAGGGACCCCUGCAGACGGCGAUUGCACCCUGGUCCCAGAGGGAACCGGUAACCCCGAGGGUGGGUUAAGUGACAGUUCCGGGGAGGCGUGCAUUCCGUCAGUGGCAGAGGGGGGUGACACUAGCAGGGAGGAGACCCAGGAAGUCCCUGUGGGUGAGUGUGCACUCCCUGCUGAUUGCCUAGCUGGGCAAGAGGAGUUCAAGCAGGAGGUUUGGGAGGACCCCAGCUUGGAGGGACUCCGGCAGAUGGCUCAGGAGCAAGAGACUGAGUUCACUCCGGACAAGAGGGAACAGGUGGUCUGGGAUAAGGGGCUUCUCUAUCGGUUGUGGGUGCCGAAGAACCAUGCCGAGACCAGGGAGCCCCAGCGCCAGCUCAUAGUACCCCAGAAAUACAGACAGCAAUUGCUUGCCCUGGCUCAUGAUCUACCGUGUGCUGGUCACAUGGGCAGGGAACGGACACGCCAGCGGUUGCAGGUGAACUUUUUUUGGCCCAGAAUUGCCCAGAAUGUGACGGACUAUUGCAAAUCUUGCGAGACAUGCCAGCGGACGGGCAAAAGCGGGGACAAGAGAAGGGCUCCCCUGCAGCCCCUCCCGAUCAUAGACCAACCCUUCCACAGGGUGGCUGUGGACAUUGUGGGACCGCUGAAGCAUAGGACUCGUAGGGGAAAGAAAUACAUACUGACUCUGGUGGAUUACGCAACGCGGUACCCGGAGGCAGUUGCCUUGACCUCCAUCGAGGCCCCCGUGGUUGCUGAUGCCCUCAUCAAGGUCUUCUGCCAGCUGGGUUUUCCCUCCGAGAUCCUGACGGACCGGGGUGGGAACUUCAUGGCGGAGGUAAUGGAGUGCCUGUGGGACUGCUGUGGGGUGCAACACCUUAAGACCACAGCCUACCACCCUCAGACAAAUGGGCUGGUGGAAAGGUUCAACGGGACCUUGAAAGGGAUGCUCAAGGCCUAUGUGGACUCCAACCCCAAUGACUGGGAUGAGAAACUGCCGCAUCUGCUCUUUGCCUACCGGGAGGUGCCCCAGGAGUCCACUGGGUUCUCGCCCUUCGAGCUGAUGUUCGGGAGGCGAGUGCGAGGUCCUCUCGAUUUGGUGAGAGAGGAGUGGGAAGGGAAGAUCGCUUCCACAAAGACCUCCGUGGUGGAGUGUGUGCUUGACUUCCGUCAGAAACUGACUGACAUGAUGAAGGUGGCACGGGACUCCCUGGGACAGGCCCAGGAGAAGCAAAGGUCCUGGUAUGAUGAGAAGGCCCGCUUACGUACCUUUGAGCGGGGUGAGAAUGUGAUGGUUUUCCUGCCACUAAAAACGGACAAGCUGCAAGCUGCUUGGGAAGGUCCCCAUGCUGUCCUGGACAGACUGGAUGAUGUGACCUAUGUAGUGGGUAUUAAGGGUAGGAAACCUAAGACAAUUCACGUGAACAUGCUUAAACCCUACUACGACAGAAAGGAGAUGGUAUUCUGGGUCCCCUCCAUUGAGGGAACUCCGGAGGACCCCGAGGAGCCGGUCAUGUAUGGAGACUGGGAUGGUGAGGCAGGGAUCGAGGAACUCCGCCUGCCGGACCAUCUGCCCUCCCAGGACAAGGACCAGCUGCUCGCAGCGCUCAAGGACUUUGAGACUGUGUUCUCUAACAAACCAGGUAGAACGGACCUGGCGGUACACUCGAUAGAGACGGGCAGCCAUCGCCCUAUAUACUCCCGACAUUACCCAGUCAACGAGAAGGUGAGGCAAGAAAUAGAACGGGAGAUCGCAGAGAUGGAGGAGUUGGGGGUAAUCCGGCCUUCGACGAGUCCCUGGGCCAGUCCGGUGGUGCUCGUCCGGAAGCAGGACGGGACCAUCCGGUUCUGUGUGGACUACCGGAAACUGAAUGCCAUCACCACCCCUGAUGCGUACCCUAUGCCCAGGAUGGACACGUUGCUGGAUCGCCUGGGCCCAGCCAAGGUGAUCUCAACUCUCGAUCUGUCCAAAGGAUUUUGGCAGAUGGCCCUGGACCCGGAUGCCAUAGCCAAGUCUGCCUUUACCACACCUACGGGGCUAUACGAGUUCACAGUUUUACCUUUCGGUUUGCGCAACUCGCCCGCCUCUUUCCAGAGACUGAUCAAUAAUCUGCUGCAAGGAUGUGAGCAGUUUGCCAUGGCUUACAUCGAUGACAUCGCCAUCUUCAGUCCGGAUUUCGAGUCGCACCUGACUCACCUGACCACCGUGCUAGGUAAGAUCAAGCAAGCUGGUCUUACGGUGAAAGCCAAGAAGUGCCAGUGGGCACUAUCGGAAGUAGUGUACUUGGGUCAUCGUGUGGGUGGAGGUCAUAUUGCUCCCUUGUGGGACAAGAUCGAGGCCAUCAAAGACUGGCCACCUCCACAGACCAAGAAGCAAGUCAGAGCCUUCCUUGGCCUGGCGGGUUACUACCGAAGAUUGGUCCCAGGGUUUGGAGCAACCGCAGCCCCGCUGCACGAGCUGACCAAGAAGGGCAGCCCGGACCCGGUGGUCUGGAAGCAGGGGUGCCAGGAAGCAUUCGACACCCUCAAGGCUGCCCUGGUCAAACAACCGAUCCUGAAAGCACCGCUCCAGGAUAAACCCUUCUACGUGGCAACGGAUGCCUCCGACGUAGGACUGGGAGCUGUGCUCUUACAGGAGCACCAGGAGACACGGCACCCCGUGGUGUACCUCAGCCGGAAGCUAAUCCCUCGGGAGCGAAACCUGUCCUCCAUCGAGAAGGAGUGCUUGGCCAUCGUCUGGGCCCUGAACAAGCUGAAGCCUUACUUGUGGGGACAACAGUUCACCGUCCUGUCGGACCAUGCCCCACUGCAGUGGCUGCAGACCAUGCACAACACCAAUGCCAAGCUGCAACGUUGGUCCUGGCAGCUGCAGGAAUUUAAUUUUACUGUCCAACACAUAAAAGGAAGCCAGAACGUGAUAGCGGAUGCCUUGUCACGAAAGGACUCUGGGUAGUGAGUCCUUGGGACUUGGGACUAGUGAGGAGAUCACUAGUGUAAGACUGCCAUCAGGUUUUAUGGUUUCUAUCUGUUAUUGUCUUAACUUGUUCCAUGUUCCAGGUUUUUCCCUUUUCCUUCUUCUGGCAUCCCGUGGGAACUCCCUGACCCGACACGCCCGGACCCACGGCCCUGAGAGGCCCCGUGUCCGAGCUUGUAAAGGAGGGGGGGGAAGUGUGGCAGAAAUGCCACCGUCGGUGCCCCUCUCCAGAGACCUGUCUCAGCCAGCCUGAGAGGCUGCUGUUUCAUUCCUCAGGGCGGGGAUCUCCCACCUGGUCUACAUGACAAAAGCCUGGCGCCUGGGAGGUGAUGCUCUGGUCACCUGGGCAGGGGGGAAAGACCCGGCCCUGCGCGGGCCCAGGUAGCCAGGGAUGCGGGGCAGAUUGGUCAGCUUGUGGCCAGUAUUGGCAGCUUCGAUUGGACCGGGCUGCUGAGGUCAGAGAGGUUAUUUAAGGGCUCGGUCCAAGAAGAAGGGGCAGUCAGCCAUUAGCCAUGCGGUCAUCCAGGUGAAUCUGAGCCUGGCUCUCUCCUCAUCACCGCAUGCUCCAAGAGUGCCCUGCCUCCAGAGGAACAACAACUACCUCUGGACGAUGAGAGUGAGUAAGCUACUAAAGAUCCGAUUAGAUAUUUAGUUUCAGUAACUCAGAUGCGUUUAAACGGCUACCUCAGCCACCCUGGUUUGCUCAAUGGGAUUCCUUUGAUAUUCCUGUAAGAUUUCUAUGAUACUGCUCUACCUUUUACCCUGUUUUCACCCUAC